AUUGAUUUGUAGAUAAGCGAGCACAUUGCGAUAUUGAGCAACUAGCGAGGUUGCGAGAUAAAACACAGAUUAUUUUAAUUCUUACAGAAUGUAAUGUUUUACGAAAUAAUUAUGAAAUGUGCAAUAUCAUGAAAUUGAUGUUCCUGGAAUAUUACUAAACUAUUGAAUCGAUAAUUUAUUAAAUUCAUUAUAAAGGUAGACGUAAUUAAUUUCAUUUAUUAUGAUAAUGAGACAUUGUAGUAUCGAAUAAGAGUAUAGAAGCGUCCAGUUAAAUGUCUAGCAUUUAACAUUUUAGUUGAAGGCUUGUAGUUGUUUUAUUUUCAAAUGGGAAAUGGGCAUUUUAUUUCUACUUUUUGUAAUAGUCAGUUAGCUGUAUUUUCACAGGUCUAGAUAUUGGACUGAGAUGAAAGCUAAACACCCGUAGUUAAUAGAUGAAGGAAAAACAUAAAUAAGAUGCGCUUUUGCUCUACCAUUCUUCGGCACAUAAUAUCUAUAUUAUCUUUGCCAAAACCAUACAGAAACCGCGCCUGGACCCUGAACUAAAACGUUCUUUGCGAUCCUGGACAUUGUCAUUUUUUCACUAAGCUACAUACGAUUUCAGCGAACGUGAAUAAUAGCUUGCUACUGAAAGACACACUGACCCUCGUCAGGAAGUAAACUUCUCUUCUUGGGAAUACCAAAGUGAACCUGUAGGAUCAAGAACUCUUUUGCUCCAAUGAGGUUCUAGAGUCGAUUGAGAAGAUUACAAAGAAGGAAAUCAAUAGGAAUUGCUGAAAAGAGAGAUACUCUGCCAGGAACCUCAGGCAACAGUAACUGUGGGGAGUCACUGUCGGGAUACAACACAUUUUGUAAUGAAGAUACAACCCAAUUCAGAUUGAUUCUGCUUUUUUCCACAGACUGUUUUUACUCGCAGUAGAAUUCGCACAGCAAUUUUUCUGUCUUGACAAUCAAACCAAAUUUUUUUAUUAAAUGCUUUUAGGAGCAUUUAAUAAGCGUUUAUUUCUAAUAAAGAGAAGCAGGGGGCAAAAACAGCCAAAUAUCAUAUUCCUAAAAAGAAAAUAACCAUAUAAAUUAGUUAACUCCAUUUUAAGCAACUUUGGCAAUACUAUAGUUAUCUCUACUUAUGGGGCCUUUUGUCUGGCAAGUCAGUGGAAAGAGUCAUUAAAGUUUUUUGUUGCAAAAUGCCAAUAGCGGGUUCAUUUUUGUAACUUUUCAAUGAAACAUUUUCUACUUUCAGUUUAGUAUAAUCGUAAGAUUGGUAUUUGGUACAAGCAGCCAUCCACUUGUGAUUGCUUGCAUUUAUUUUACUGCAAAUUAUAAAAAUAUUGGCUGCCAUAACUUGUGCAUUGCAUCUGAAACAAUAUUAUUUCUAAACACAGCUCAAGUCCUCUGACUAAUGAUCCAAGCAACAGUGCAUUUUGUGUUGAUCUGAUCUCCGUUUUUCUUGUUCAUGUGCUUAUAGCUUUGUCUUAUCAACAAUCCCCAGACGUGCAAUGCCCUUAUGCUGCAUGAUAUCGAAAAUCUAAAUCACUCGCAUCACUUUUUAUACCUUUACAAAAAUAAACUUGCUACUCUGCUCUCUGGUUUUCUAACCCAAACUCUAUACUGUCAAUGAAAAUUGAAAGCAAUAAAUUUAAUAAGAAUAACAUUUUAACCAUUUUUCAACAAUACAUGUAGUUUUCCCACAGGAUUUUUCAUACUUCUACAACAUAUUUCUGGUUAUUUAUAAGUCUGUCAACUUUUCAGUCCUACAAACAAAAAGCAAUGGUCCAUAUUUUUUGAAGUAAUAUUGUUUUGAGGAAAAUAAGUCCCAUCAAGUUGUUGUCUUCAAUUCCUUUCUCAGUCUCAUUUGAAAUUGCAGAUAGGGACCUGAGCUGUACAGUACACUGUAUGGAUUUAGGGUGGUAUUAUUUAUCUGUAUAGAAACAAGACUAAAUCUAUUCUUUCAUAUUUUCUAUGGUAACAAAUUAAUCGACAUCUUUUCAUGCCUGUUCACUGGACAGAGGAUCCCCGUUCUGCAAUAACUGGAACUAAUUCCGCCUUUGUUCUAUUCUGUUGCACCGAGUUGAACCCAGAGUAGAUGCGCUACCUCGGGGGAUUCAAACAGACACAAAUCACUUAAUCUCUUCAGCCCAAUUGUCCCGCUCUUUUGCUUUCAUUUCCCCCCAAUUGUGUUUACCCUUCUUUUGAUCCUAUUUCUGCCCACAUUUUGGAAAUAGAAUUUGUUUUUCUCUUGUUCUCUUGCUGUGUCUGUGUCUGCCUGCAUUGGUCUUACCCAACUGUCUGUUUUGCCUAAUCUGUAAUAGCUGUUUUAGGCAUGUUGUAUGAACAGGUAUGGUGUUGUCUGUUCCAAAUGUAUUCAGCCAUGUAAUUUUAUUUAUUUGCUUGUUUUGACUGAUUCUCGUGCCCUGUAUUGUGUGAGACGUCUCUAGUUUCAUUUAGAAUUGCUAUUGUUUGUUUAACCUCGUUUGAAUGUGUGUUCAAGUAUAGACCGACCGCAGACCUUAAUGUAUUGAUGGUAGCUUAAUGGAUCUUUUCUCUACAAAUAAAGUAAAUGACAAGCAAUCACCACAACACAGUAAUUUAUGCUCUAAGCUACAAAUACAUAUGUGAUGGUAAAUAUUCUGCAUGGUAUCAAUAACAACUGCCAAAACCACCCCAAUGAGACAAAAGCAGUUAUUGCUAUGAUCAGUUAUUGCUAAAUCAUAAGAGUUAAGAUAUGCAAAGACACGUACAAUUUUGUGUAUCUGUUUUUUGCUAAAAAUUAAAGUCUUAAAUGAACAGUGUCAAGCAAUUAAAAUAUAGGUAGUUUUUGCUGACAGAGAUGAAAACACUAAUACUUGCAUUGAACACAGACAUUUCCAAACCACAUCCCUUUUAAAACACUGGUCUUGAAUGAUUUCAUUUUUCAAAGCAUUGAAGAGCUAUAAAAAGGGCAAUUUGGUUACUUUGUUUUACUGGAAAGGCAUAUAUAAUUACAAUUUUCAAACCGUUUUAGUUAACAAAGCACUGCACAAGUAAAAUAUAGGUGUUCUAGAGGGGGUUUAUUUAUUUGUUGUGAUUAUAAAAUAGUAACAGCAAAAAUUUAGUGUUGAAUUCAUAUUGUAAUUAUUUUCACAAGAUGUUUAUAUUCCCAUUUUCCUUUGUGUAAUGUCUAUGUGAAAACUUUAAAACAACUUUUUACUUGCAUAGCUGCCAGUUUAUAUUGCAAUACAUCAAAAUUUGACAAAUUAUUUUAAUUUACAGUCCAUGUUUACAGACUUGCACAAAGCAUUUCAAAUUCAAACAAAAAAAAGUCUACAGUAAAAAAGUCUACAGUAGACCAUUAGACAUUUUUAUAUGAAGCGUUUAUUGUUUUGGCAAACUAAAAAUUACACUGAACAAGUGAUACACUUAACAUUAGACCUAGACAAAAUAUUGAUGAAACGGAACAACCAACGGUAAAAAACCAAACAAACACUAAACUAAGUUUUCACGUUUAAAAAAUAAAUAAAAUCACAGCUGUAUUUUUGAGCAUUCUUCUUCUUCGGAUACAUUUUUCACUUCUCUUGAUUCUUCUGAAAGGGACUGGUGAGAUUUUGUACAGCUGCCUGCUGCUGCUCAGUCCCUGUAUUUCAGACAUUUUCACGGACAAAAUAACUGAGCUGACAGGACAGAAGUGCACUUCACUGAACUGGAAACAGUCAGGACCUGCUCUCUACAGAAAUGAAGCCCGCCAUCUUUCACAGAGCACUGUCACUCUUCCUUGUCCCCUUCCUCAUGUUUCCCUCCUGUUCUGCCGCCCUGGCAAUCUCAGCCGAGCACCGCCUGGCCAAUGGAAGCCUGGGAAGCAGUAGCUUGCACAUACUGACUGGCCAAGGCAGCAAGCAAACACCACCGACCUUGCCCAGGCCAAAAAAGGCAAUAAAGAGAGCUGAAACCCUUCCAAAACCCUUGUCACAGAUCAUGCUUCCCAGAAACGUGACCAGCAAUGCCCUCAAGCCCCCGCUUGGCGCCGCCCAGGUGGAGCCGGCGCCAAAACACAUUGUGGACGUGGAUGUCUGCAGGGGCUACUAUGACGUGAUGGGACACUAUGACCUCACCUUCAACUGCACAAAAGGCACUUUCAUAUACUGCUGCGGGACCUGCCACUACCGCUUCUGCUGCCAGCACAGAAGCAACCGUUUGGACCAGGACUCCUGCAACAACUACGACUCCCCGCACUGGGCCAACACCCAGCCUCCAGGGACUCUUCCAACAGGCCAUGCCUCGCACCCAGACUUUGACCCUCUCAAAGGACAUCGCAGCAACACGGCGUUCGUGAUCGGUGGAGUCAUCUCCUUCACCAUAAUGGUGGCGGUGGGCAUGAAGGUGGCCUUCCACAAGUUUUCACGUCGCCCCAGAGACGCAGAGGACAGAGCUCUGGUAGAUAUCUUACGCCAUCAGUCCAGCCCAGUUCAGCCAGAGGAAAGGAACAACAGCACUGCCGUUACCACUGGGGGAACCGAAGGGACCACUGAUCAGCACCCGAAAAACCUUUACGCCCCCGUCGGUCAGAGCAAAGACAAUCGCAAGCGCAUGAAUAAUGCCCAGCUGGCUUCCUCUGGGACGCUCCUCUCCACCAAGCACAAGAUGGUUGGCCCUCAGCCUUCCUUCUAUCACUCCUUCCACAACCUGGCGCAGCUGCCCCCUUCCUACGAGGCCGCCACUAACUCGGACAUCAGCAGAUACAGCUCCCUGAAAAGGCUGGAAAAGGCCCAUCUAGGGGACUACUCGGGCUACUGCACGUCCAAACGAAAGCCCAAAAAUGCCCCACCUUCAAUAUAUUCUUCCCAGCACCACCUUCAGUGGGGUGGGGACUAUACCCUGACCAAAGGGACCCUCCCUCUACACGGCUCUCGACCGCAUCUGAAUAUGUCCUCUGCAUCCGCGCUGCCCCCGAACCUAUAUCCCUUAAAAGCCCCCCAUCCCCAACAUAAUCCAAAGUAUGACACACUGUCCAAGCCCCCAAGAAGAGUGAAGUCCCAAGACCAGCUGCUUACACUGGGAGAUGGAAACACGUUAUCCCGGCUAUCCAAAAACCAGCAGCAACAGUAUUACAAAGCCAUCGCAGCUGCUAAGAAGUCAAACAAUCAGAACCUCCGGAAGUCGCAAGAAAGGCUUGUUAUGUCCCCUGAUCAGCUGGAAGAAAGGGCUGGAGGUGGGGCUGGGGUGGGGGAUUACAGAGGGCUGGUGCAAACCCUGCCUCGACUUCCACCGCACAAAAAAUCUCAGUCUCAACAAAAUGUCUGCGCCACCUCCACGCUCGAUCGCCACCACAUGAUCAAGAUGAACUCUCACCCAACCUCUGGGAAAGAGCAAGAGAGGAAGAUGGCUGUGCCAAGCCAGGGAGGCGGAGCUCCAAGCUGGAUGGACUCACCUGGGGGAGGAACCGGAACACUAACAGCUCCGAAUGCCAAGAGGUUAGCCUUUGCAACCAAGAGGCAAAACAAUAUUGAGCAGUUAAAUUUCAUCCCUGGUGUUGGUGGAGCUGGAGGGGGAGGAAGGAAGGAUGGAGGAAGUGGAGGAAGGAAGGAUGGAGGAAGUGGAGGAAGAAGUGCAGCAGGGGGAGGGACUCAAACAUUGAGGACCGCUAGAAAGAACGAAGUGUCAGUGUGAAAGGGUGGGAGGCAAGGGAUAAAUGACAGGAUGAAAGGGAGGAUGAGGGAGAGGAAAAUGUGCUAAGCGUAUUUAAGGGGAAGAGAAAAAAUAGAUGAAAAAAGCUGUUGGGGAGAUGUAGGGUGGCAAGAUCAAGAAAGAGAUGUGGACUUGAGUUGAGGCUGUCAUAAUAACAGGAUGAGUGGAAUCUGGUAGGACCUCAUCUGAGGUAAUGGUAACUACCUCCUCGGUCUUACUUGCUAGCUCGCUAGAUAUUACAUUAUUGCUUCUACCUCUACAAAUUCAUUUCCCAGAUAAUUUCUCCAUCCCCUCCUUUAGGUAAAAUUCUUUUAAAUAAAUAGUGUCACCAGUUAAACAAUGUAUAGCUAAACUACUGAGCUAGUCAGCUACUUAUUCAGGAACUAGAGAUAUGCCCCAAAGGCAGCCAUUUGGUGUAUUUAAGGUUAGGUCAGUGUAUUUGCUACUAAAAUUUGCUCCUCAAUAGACAGCUUGACAAUGUAGUAGUGAUAUCUUUAUACAUUGUAUGGCAACUGCUAAUUUAUGCAAAAUGUUGCACAGUGAUUUGUGUGUUUGUGUGUCCAUCCAUCCAUUUCGGAAUUGAUGGACUGCAACUGUUAGAUACUAAUAUGAUCAUUAACUAGUUGAAAUGAUUCUGCUAUUUUUGUAUUCAUUUUGAAAAUUAAGCCAACUUAUUUUGCAUUUUGGAGCCGAGACUGAGAAAGAGAUGGACAGGAACACCAGAUGUAAAUCACAUCUACAGCAAUAGACAGAAGUGAUAAAAUUACGUGUCAAAUGAAGAUUUUAUUCAUUUAAUUUUUAUUAUUUGCGUUAACAAUAAAUGUGCUAGAACUAAAAAACAAUUGGGGAAAAAGGGACGGAGAGAAAGAGCAAUGGGGAAAGUUUCAGUAAAAUGAGCACAGGAGAGGUGAAGAGUACAUAAAUAAAAGAGAGCAGGGUGUUUUUUCUUAAUGAACACUCCAUCCGUUUGACCCAGAUUGACCCAGAUCUGGGACCUUUGUUCUGGCAUGGAGGGAAAUUCAUGGAGUGUCCCACUUAGGUGCCAGCUAACAGAUGUUCCCAGUUGCGUAAUGACAGGACAAAAUAGUGUUUUAAUUUGUACUGGAGGUAAUUUUAUUGAUCAAAAAGCCAUUAAAGCCGCACUGAACAGGUCAGAAAGCAGCAUUUGGAACAUGCUGGACACUCACUUCAAAAGAACAAGAGAUUACACUGGAUUGAAAGCUUUUUGCUUUUAGGCCCACUCAUGUUUAAAGGCAACAGAUGUCAGCCUUGGUGUUCUCUUAUUGUCUAAUCGAACAGAAGAAUUUUUUGAUUUGGACAACCAAAUUCUCAAAUCAUGGUUAGCCCUGCUAGCUAUACAUGACGCAGAAAUGUCACAGAAAAGCUUUCCAGUCACUGAUUUAUCAGGAUAAUUGCUUUUUAUUCUGGGAUUGCUGUGGUUAUCUGACUGCACUGUUGCAUGUAAAUCAUUAAAAAUAUAAUGGUAACCAGUGAAUGACACUGCAGUCUUAAAUAUGAACUUCAUUUAAUAGCCAUAAAAGUGAUCCUCACCAACAGAUGCACAUAAUUGAGGAUACAGUCGAGCAUAAGUUAACAAACAUCAGUCCAAACACAAGGAAAAUGGUGUAUUCAAAUAGUUUCAGCACACUGGAUGAUGUAUUGCACAGAUUUUUUUUUUUUUUGACUGUCCCACCUUCGGAGUUGCGACUGGGCAUUAAACAUAGCAAUUGAGAACACCACACCCCGACAAUCAGUGUUUACUGGGGAAAUGGUGGAAAUGAGCAAUGGCACCUUAUUUGGCAUAUGCCAAUGCAUAUGAACUUGCAAGUGACACAAACGUGUUGCUCAGUAACUGGCAACCAUUAUUCAUGACUUCAAUGAACCAUUUCGUCAAGUAAUUUAGCAACGACAGAAGUGACAGAAUGAUGUCUGGCUGGACGGUCAACCUACUCUUACAAGCUAUAGUUUGCUUCACAUACUCACCAUAUGGUGGGAGGAAUAUCUUUGAUGAUUACCAAAAGGGCUACUAUGAAUACCAUGUAUAGGGUUAGUGUCUAUAGCCUCAAUUCUCUCUGAAGCCUACGCUUAUGUUAUGGCAGAUACUGACAUGCAAUACUAUAAAGUUGAACAGACAUUUCUGGUGCACAAAUCCAGAAUAACUUGAGGCUGCUUAGAUGUCAAGGGUGUUAAAAUUACAACACGAUGUGUAUUACUACCAAAACAAAGCCAGACAUAUUUAUGACAGAGCCAUAUGGAUAUGACAUUUUAUUCUGUGAAUUAAAUUCUUCAUUUUCUUGCCUUUUUAUUACUUUCUAUAACCAUGUUAGAGUAACAGCUGUCUGUUUGACAACUGACAUUUCGAUUCGCCAUCAUGCAAAUGUAAACGUGAAAGCUGUUGUGAAGGUGAUGAGUGGCUUUAAAGUGAAAUGUUGCUAUCUAGCCUAUGUUCCAUUGAAAUGACCAGCUAAUUCCUGUUUGUACCCAUGAUUUCAUUAGGCUGUAGAAUGUGUUUGUGCUUCUGUAGUUAUGCAGGAGGCUGGUUGCAGAAUGCUAUGUAUGGGAGGUGGUGACCAUGUAAACGACUGGCUGGAACCUCCUCAUAUUCAUUUAGCGUAUUUUCAGGUUAAAGGUUGUGCCAGUGUUUUAUUGUAUUUCUACCAUCUGGCACUUAUUUUUUUGCAAAGAAAGUCGUUGCAGCCAUGUUGAGAAUUUUUACAUUUAGAAUAUUGCUAGUUUUGUACUUUGGUAUACUUGUGUGGUCUUUGUACUUUAGUAUAAUUGAGGUAACUUUUUUAAGGUGUGUUUUUUUAACCUUUGUGUGUACAUUAGAGGAAUUUAGGACUGAGUCCCAUUUUCCCACACUCAAGCCAUCCCCAAAUUCAGACUCAUCAACUGUGCGAUAAUACAGGAAUGUAACCCGUGGUGGGAAAGGGACUACAGUACAUCUCCAGGCUUUUCCCCUUGCCUGAGCUAUGAGAAGUAAAUGAUUGAUAAAAUGUGAACUGAUUUUUCAGACAGACAAUGGUUGUACAUUAUACAAUGUCAAUGUUUGUGCUCAUGAGUAUAAUUACUGUUGAGUAUUAUUAAUUACUGUUGGUCUUUUUAUUAUCCUAUUUUCAUUUUAUUCUUGGUGGGUUUUAAGACUUCCUGGUUUUUGAAUAUUUGAAUUUCUUAUUAAUUAAAAUCUUCGUAUUCUUAAAAAAAAGAUGCAAACAAUGUAUGGAUUUAAACAAAAAUACAGUCAGUGGUGAUGUCAUAGUGCUGACUUGUGAUGUCAUGGUGUGUAUGUGUCUGUGCACAUGUCAUAUAAACGACUGUUACAAGUAACAUUAAAUCUUGCACAUUGGUAUACAUCAA